CUGGAGAGUGUUCCGGAUGGAACAGCAAAGCUCCUUGACUUCUGCUGCGGGGAGCUUAAUCUGACUACUCCACAAGACAGACCCCUACUAUGAACCCACUUACACAGGUUCCUGUUCCUGACAAUGGGUUCACAGUAAAGAAUACCAGUUUCAGAAGACGCUGUAAGGAGAGACGGACGGAUGGACAGACGGAGCCGGGACGCUGUCAUACACUGACCGACAUGCAGCAGGGUUCUGCCUCCGUGUCCCUCCCCGCAGCCCCAGACCCAGACGCUGAAAUCUACAUGGAGUUCAUGAAGAGUCACUGCUGUUACGACACCAUUCCCACCAGCUCCAAACUGGUCAUCUUCGACACCACUCUGCAGGUGAAGAAGGCUUUCAUCGCUCUGGUGGCUAACGGUUUGAGGGCCGCAACACUCUGGGACAGCAAGCGGCAGUGUUUCGUAGAACCUUUCCUGAGCUACUUUCCUGUUUCCCUUCCAGGAAUGCUGACCAUCACAGACUUCAUAAACAUUCUGCACCGGUACUAUAAGUCCCCCAUGGUGCAGAUCUAUGAACUAGAAGAACAUAAGAUUGAGACGUGGAGAGAGGUGUACCUACAGUACUCCUUAAACCGUCUGAUCAGCAUCACGCCUGACGCUAGCUUGUUCGAUGCUGUCUACGCUUUGCUGAAACACAAGAUCCACCGGCUUCCUGUGAUCGACCCAGAGUCAGGCAACGUCCUGCACAUAAUGACACACAAACGCAUCCUCAAGUUCCUGAUGAUCUUUGGCUCAAAUAUCCCAAAGCCACGUUUCUUGCAGAAGAAAAUCGGUGAGGUUGCGAUUGGAACAUUCCAGAAGAUUGCCAUGGUCCAGGAGACUGCUACAGUUUAUGAUGCCCUGUCCAUUUUUGUGGCACGGCGGGUAUCUGCUCUGCCUGUGGUCAAUGAGCAAGGGAAGGUGGUGGCACUCUACUCCAGGUUUGAUGUGAUUAAUUUGGCAGCCCAGAAGAACUACAACAACUUGAACAUGAGCAUGCGGGAGGCCCUGCAGAGGCGGGUGUGCUAUGUGGAAGGUGUGAUCAAGUGCUACCCCCACGAGACCCUGGAGACCGUCAUCGACCGCAUCAGCGAGGCAAAGGUUCACCGUCUGGUGCUGGUGGACACGGAUGAUGUAGUGAGGGGGAUCGUCUCGCUCUCUGACCUGCUGCAGGCGCUGGUCUUGACUCCGGCAGGUAUUGACGCCCUUUUCUCUUAGCACCUGGGUUGUGUCCGUCCACCCUCAUCACCCCACAGUCCUUCCCCAGCCCAGGUAGGCGCCGUGCCCUCUCGCAGUGCCCACUCUUGCGCCCGUUGGCGUCCAGGCGUUUGCUCAGCCAGAGAAACCGCCACGGCGCUCUGAGCGUCUGCUUCUUGUCUCCUCCUCUCUGCACCCCACUGUCCUAGUUUAGUGGCUUGUGGACUUUGCCAAUGUAAGAAUCCAUUCCAGCCUCUGUCAUGGAUGCACUGUGCCUUCACAUCAUGCUUGGAAUGACUCUGUUGUGGUCAGGCCAAACACACCUGUAGCAGGCGGAAGGUUGCAGCUAUGGAUGACCUGUGAGGAUUCUCUGCUUGGCCUGCUUCAUUUGCUAUCUGCAUGAAGACUGGCAAAUCAACCUGCACAUUAAUGGUUGUCUCAGGUGUAAAAAAUUAAUCAAAUCAAGCAGUUCUGUAACCAUUAUAAUGAAAUAUUUAAAACUGAUACCAACUGAUAGUGUCCCCGAUUUGCAUGAAUACAUGUUCUUUACAGAAAUCCCGUUAUAAAGCCAAUGUAAAUAAUAUAAGUAAAUAAAUUACCUACAUUUUCAUCUUAUGAAAUAAGUUUUGAAGUUGAAGAUGAAAACGGUUUGCCGCAACACUUCUCAUCUCUGCUGUCAAGACUGACACCUGCUGGCUGAACCAUGGAACUGUUGAUAGUCCCCAAGAAAAUAAUUGU